AUGCGGGAUGUGUAUGUGGACUUGAGCAUAAAUCAAGUGUACAGAGCUAAGAGGAAAGCUAGAGAGUUCAUACUAGGUGAUGAGAGGUUGCAGUAUGGGAAGCUUAGGGACUAUGCAGAGAUGAUAAAAGUAACUGAUGUGGGGAGUAAGGUGAUUCUGCAAACUGAGAUUACUGAGCCUAACACACAACCUAAGUUCAAGAGGAUGUAUGUGAGAUACAAUGCACAGAAAGUUGGAUUUUUGGGGGGGGUGCAGGCCACUUGUGUAGUUGAGCAAGAAAACAAGGAUUCUUGGGUGUGGUUUUUACAGACAUUUGCAGAUGAUAUUGGGAGGCAAGAUGAGCUGAAUCUGGUGUUCAUUUCAAAUAGGCAGAAGGGAUUGAUACCUGCCAUGGAGAUGUUGCUUCCAACAGUUGAACAUAGAUUUUGUGUGAAGCAUAUUUACAACAACUUUAAGGUAAAUUUCAAGGGUUUAGAAUUGAAGGUUGCAUUAUGGAGUGAGUCAUUUAAUUCUAUGAUAUUAGAAGUUAGGGAUAAGCCUAUCAUUGCCAUGCGAGAGUGGAUUAGGGUUAGGUUGAUGACUAGAAUGUACAGUAAGAGGUCUGGGAUUGAAAAAUUCACUAGUGACAUAUGUCCAAACAUAGUGCAGAAGCUUGAGCAAUUGAAAGUUGAUUCUAAGUUAUUUUCUGCUAUUCCAUCAAGAUGCUAUAUAUAUGAGGUUGAUAAUGAGUAUGAGAGGCAUGUGGUUAACCUUAUAAGAAAGUGUUGUACUUGUAGGGUUUGGGAUUUGACAGGAAUCCCAUGUAAGCAUGGUAUUGCAGCAAUCUAUAAGAACCUGGAGAGGCCUAAGGAUUAUGUGCAUGCAUGCUUUAGAAAGGAUGCCUAUGUGGCUGCAUAUAAGGAGAUGAUUACCCUACUACUUGGCCAAGAUGAAUGGGUUGAAACCAACCUUCUUGCCCCUGUUGCUCCAAUUGUGUACAAGCCUACAAGCAGGCCAUCAAUGAAAAUGAAGAAAGAUGCAAAUGAGCCAAACAACCCAUACACAGUUUCUAGGUCAUAUAGACCUAUAAAAUGUGGGUUUUGCUAUCAGGAGGGGCAUAAUUCAAGGAGGUGUAAGGCUGGAAUAACUGGUGAGACAUCAUGGCAAAGGAGGUAG